ACCAAAACUUAGAGAGAGAGAAAGAGAGAGAGAGGAUGAUAUUAAAAGAUGAGGCAUGGAGGAGGGUGAUAGCUCACUGGUGAAGAUAGCAGUAGAAGAGAGAGGGAGGGAAGUGGGGGAGGAUUCUUACCAACCCUGAACAGGUUCAAGGGCCACCAACCCUUUUAACCCCUUUAAAACCAUGCCCACCUGCAACGCCAAGGCUCCGGUAUCUCGCUCUAACCCAAACCCUAACAAACUCCAAUUUUAAUCUAAAGAUCGUCUUUUUAUAUGAGCUCCGGCAAACCCCAUGUCUUGAAACACGACCUUACGAGAUAUAACCUCUCAAAAGCUCUAAUAAAAGCCUGCGCAAUGGGGAGGUUACAAGGAACUCAGCACCUUGCCAUGUAUUCCCCUCCUGAUGACAUCUCUCUUCAAUGGAGCUCAAACCUUGGUUUUUCUUUCCAUCCUGGUGGCCUUUUUGCAAGCGUAAGUCAAGUGGGUGUCGGUUUCGGUGUCUCUCCAAACUCUAGCGAUGACAGCCAGAGACGAAUGCAGAAUAUGGUUCCUUCAGAACUCCCUGGCUCAUCAGAGAUGUACACCAAAUAUCUAUCUAACCGGUCUCCUGAAUUCUCUUUCCAGACUGUGAAUUUAGUGGAAAGCCGUGGCCAAGAGGAGAGAGAAGAAGGGAUAGAGGUGAAACUGAAGAAAAGGAAAAGUUCCGUGGUCAAAAUUAGGGUUAAGAAUGCUUCUUUGCGUAGAUUGCUCAGUGGAGCCAUUGCUGGUGCGGUUUCACGAACAGCUGUUGCUCCUCUUGAGACCAUAAGGACACAUUUAAUGGUGGGUAGUAGUGGUCACUCUACAACGGAGGUUUUCCAAAACAUAAUGCAGAGUGAUGGUUGGAAAGGCCUCUUUAGGGGCAAUUUUGUUAAUGUUAUCAGGGUGGCACCCAGCAAAGCGAUCGAGCUAUUUGCUUUUGAUACCGUCAAGAAGGCAUUGACUCCCAAAUCCGGGGAGCCCCCCAUAAUCCCCAUCUCUCCCUCGCUGGUUGCAGGGGCUGCAGCUGGAGUCAGCUCGACACUCUUGACCUACCCCCUCGAGCUCCUCAAAACUCGGCUGACCAUACAGAGGGGCGUUUACGAGAAUCUGUUAGAUGCUUUUCUGAAAAUUUUGAGGGAGGAGGGUCCAACUGAGUUAUAUAGGGGCCUUGCUCCUAGCCUUAUAGGCAUCGUGCCCUAUGCAGCCACUAAUUAUUUUGCGUAUGAUACUUUGAGGAAGGCUUAUAAGAAGGCCUUCAAGAAAGAGGAGGUUGGAAACAUACCCACCCUUUUUAUCGGUUCAGCAGCUGGCGCCAUAGCAAGUACUUCUACUUUUCCUUUAGAGGUAGCUAGAAAACAUAUGCAAGUUGGGGCUCUUAGUGGGAGGCAAGUGUAUAAGAAUAUGCUCCAUGCUCUAUCAAGCAUUUUGGAGCAAGAAGGUAUGACGGGGCUCUACAAGGGAUUGGGUCCAAGUUGUAUGAAGUUGGUCCCAGCUGCUGGUAUUGCGUUUAUGUGCUAUGAAGCCACCAAGAGAAUACUUGUUGAUGAGGAAGAUGAAGCUUAGGUUUCCUCGGAGGAAGCAGAUUGGCAUGGUUUUUUAGAAGAAGGAAUAAUAGCAUGAGGAUUAAUCAAUUGGGGAAUGAGCUUUAUGGACCCAAUUGUAGGAACUUUGAGAUGUGAUGCUAUCACUUAAAUUUGAAAAAGAACAUGCGGGUAGAGAGAGAGAGAGAGAGAGAGAGAGAGAGAGCAUCAGGUUAAGGUGAGAACGAGCAUUGGAGGGAAAGUUCUUUUCAGAAGCUACCCACUAUAGUCACUUGGGAUUUUUGCGGUGCUAAACCAUAGGAAGAUCGUGGCUAAGGCCAUGUUUCCUGCAACCCAUUUUCUUCUCUUUUUAUUUCCAUGGAGCUUCGAGCUUCAUUAAAGCUUUUGCACAGACAGGUUUUACUUGUGGUGAGAACUUGGGAUAAUGACGGGGUUACAACACACUGUCCUCCUAUACUUGUUUUCAUUGAUUUCUUUAUAUUUAUAUGCGACCAAUAUGAUGCAUUGUCGCAAACACAACUCAUGAGAGAUGAUUUUAUUACACAAUUUAUUCAAGCAUUUGAAUCUGAUGGUUUUUUU